AUGUCACUCACACUAGAACAAGCAAUGGUCCAUCUCGCACCAGAACAACACGUCCGCGCAAUCCUCCUCGCCCUCCUCGACGACCGCUCCGUCAAAGCCGCUGACAAUCCAGUGACCGGCCUCAAGCGCAAAGCCAUGAACGACCUGUUUGUCUGUGUUCAGUGUGACCAGGCGUUCACACACCAAGAUAACACUGAGACGUCGUGUCGUUACCAUCCAGGGGAACUUAUUGUUGAUGACACAGAGGAUUUCUGGGCGGAUCAUGAUGAGGAUUGUCAUGGGGAGAUUGAUACGCCUGAGAUGAGAGAGGAGAUGCCUGAUGGGUUCCGCUGGACGUGCUGCGACAAAUUAGGUGGACGAAAAGGCUGUACCAAGGGAACACAUCAAGCUGAUCCGGCAAAGUCACGGAGAGGUGGAAAUGUGCCAUCUGGUGGUGACCUAAGGAAGAACAAUGGUUCACAUUUCCCAGUUUCAGACGAGGACAGUGACGAGGAGGAAGAUGGCGACGAGGAAUAUUGA